AUGGAAGAUGAACGCUGUUCUCAUUCUCCAACGGUGAAGCAUAGGUUCCGAUCAACUCUCUGUUUCUCUUGUUGCUUCGGUAACGGAAAUCAUGAACAACUCGAAGAUGUAGAUAAGCAGAGGCCAAUCAAAUCGAAGGCUCAUGAGUUCCCAGAAUUCAAAGAAAAAUGCCGGAAUCUUAUCUCUCGGAUGGGUAGAGGUCGGAGACACUCGGCUGAUUUCAGAUACGAUCCAUUAAGUUACGCUCUCAAUUUCGAUGAAGGAAUAGAUGAUGAUCAUCAUCUGAAUGAAGAAUUACCUCUGAGGAACUUCACUUCUAGACUUCCUGCUUCGCCUCGGAAAUCGGUGGCUGUGACUCAGAUCACUGCUUGUAGUUAA